GAAACGACUAGCAAACCCUGCGUUGAAUCAGGUGGAGAAGGUGUGUCCGUUGAUUUUCCCUCUACUUCCUUCGUCCUCAUCGUUCACAGGAAACACUCACCAGACUGCGCAAUUGCAGCGAUGGAUUAUUCGGGCUACAACUACCAGCACCAACCGCAACAUCAACAACAUUCCUAUGGCUACGACCCUUCUCAGAUCCAAAUCCAACCCUACGAUCAAUCCUAUGCCUAUCAACAAUACUACGCCUACAAUCCCCAAUACGCCUAUUUCCCCAACACACACCAACCCCAAUUUCAAUACCAACCCGAACCCCCUCCUCUUCACCCUCCCGGCGUCAACCCCACCGCCCCCGAACCCGCUCCGACUGGGCCAUCACAAUACAGAGGUAGGGGUGGCAGGGGUGGUAGACCAUUUAGAGGGGCUGGUCGUGGUCGAGGCCAUGGUAGGGGACAUGGUGUGGGUGGUGGUAGGCACGUACCAUCCCAUUCUUCUGGACCUGCAAUUUCUAAUCUGCCAGGUGCACCUGUUGCUGCUGGGGCUACUUCAGUGGUAGAACCGUCAUCAUCUGUCUCUGUGCAAAAGCAAUUACCUAAACCAGCUCGAGUGCAACCACCAGUACCACCACGGAAAGCAUGUUGUGAAAUUUGUAAGGUUGAGUGCAAUACUCCAGAAAUUUUGGAGCAACACAGGAAUGGGAAGAAACAUCAGAAGAAUAUGAGGGUGCAUGAAGAAUUGCAAAGGCGCAAUGCUAUAAAUGGACAACAGAGUGGACAGAUUCCUACUUCUGAAUUGAAUUUAACAGAUCAACCUGAGAAAGUUCAGGAGUCUGAGAAAAAUGGACCCCCCAAACAAAAUAUGGCCACUGGGGUUAUUGUUGAUAAUCACAAGAAGGAAAUACAGCUGCAGAAUAAUGCAGGAAACAUAUCUGAGGUUCCAGCUGAAGUGCCUGAAGGGAAAACCAUAGAUAACUCUGCUGCAGGAAGCCGAGGAUUGAAGCGGAAGAAGAAAGGAGGAAAAGGAGUUAAAUACAUGAGAACUAAUGAUGGUUCAAAGGCAGUGGAACCUGCACAAACUGUGUCCUUUAAAUGUGAGCUGUGUGAUGUUAAAUGUGAGUCACAAGUUGUUUACCAGAGUCAUGUGACCGGAAGAAAGCACUUAUCAAGAUUAAGGCGUGCUCAUGAAUACCAAGCUUCAUCUGGAGUAGGCCAGCAGCAACCUCUAUCUGGAGCGCACUUGGGGCUUCAAGCACUUUACCCAACUGACAUCAAUGCUCUGUCUAAUGCAAUUAAUGCUCAAGUCCAACAAGGUGAUAAUGAUCCACAGGUACUUUUGGCUCAACUCCUGAUGACUGUGCUAUCGCAAGGACAAGUUCCAGCAACAGCACCAUUGGCAGGUGCCGUGGCUGCUCAGGUGCCAGCACCCACAUCUAUGGCUGGACCGAGUUAUGAACCCCAGUUGUUGCAGACACAAGUAUCCGGAAUCACAGCACAUGUUCAGAUGGAGAAUUCUUCUGGGGGAACAAAAUCUGAGCUGUUACCUGUCCCACUGGGGUCAAACACUCAGCCAGGUUCAAGUGUCAGCACCCAGAUUGAAGGUGGAGGUUCUGAAACUAAACAACAGGUGUAAAAUUUUCCAAGAUAGUUCAGGUGUGACACCCGUAGUCAAUUCAGGUGCAGAAAAUGACCAAAUACCUUUAGAAUGUGAAGCUCCCAUCACUUGGUUGGACCAAAGAAGAUUCAAUCAUUCUCUCUUUAAUUCUUCACUUUUUUUGGAUCAGGAUUGUUAAUUAUCUGUUACUUUCUUUUCUAUCGGGAAGUUUUAAUACCGUAGGAAUUGCUCAGGAAUGUUAGGAUGUGCUAGAAAUCCUUUUCGUUACUACAAUGUGUAAAACACCUUUGAGUAGUCGUUGAGGGGGCUGGAUUAAUGGACGUAAAUGGUUGUUAAA